AUGUUCUUUACAGUGCCUUGGGUGGACUCUGGGAAGCUGGUGACACUGGGGAACCCCCUGUUGCUGAUCUUCUCACAAAUACUGAUAAAUGAGGCUAUGUCCCCCGCCCUGAUGGAUUUGUCUCUGCAUUCCUUUGAUGACCAGUGUCUGGGGUGCAGAGAGGAGAUGAUGAAAGAACUGGAGAAAGGAGACUAUUUUCAAAAGGAAAUAGCUGCUAACAAGGACUACUUUCAUCUCUGGAAGAAGGCUCAGAAGGCUUUGCUAAAGAGCCCUGCAGGUCUCCUGAGGGAGAUGCAUGAUAGCCAUGCCAUAGUUCUCAUGGCUUACACCAUGAACUCCUCCCUGCACUCCCAGCUGAACCGGGCUACAUCUACGGCAGGAAUCUCUCCACAGCGCUACAGACACGCGUUCAGUUUUAAAUAUUUUCACUUCUACCUAACAACUGCUAUCCAGAUAUUGAAGGAAUGGCAGAGCAGCACGGGGGAACAUAAGUGCUACCAGGUUCACAGGGGUGUAAAGGACUUAUAUAUCGAGGCCAAGGUAGGCAGCACGCUGAGAUUUGGUCGUUUCACUUCUGCCUCCGGCCUCAGGAAUAAAGCCCAGAAGUUUGGGAAUGAAACUUUGUUCACAGUGACCCCUUGCCUGGGAGCAGCUACGCAAGGCUUUUCUUACCACACAUCUGAGAAGGAAGUCCUCAUUCCCCCUUAGGAGAUAUUCCUUGUCAAAAGCUUCUUUCAGACCCAGCAGGGUAACCGGCUGCAUCUGCAUUCUGUGGGGAACUGCAGCAAGUACCAGUGCCAGCUGCUGGAAGCUUCAAGAAGCAAGAACAAUGGUUAUACUGCACUCACCUCUGCCGUUCUCCCUAGCGUGCUUGGAGUUUCCCUGUGCUUGGCCCACAGGCUCUGA